AUGAGUGGCGCCGGAACCCCUGAUUUCUUCUAUAGAGAAGCUCAGCGCCUCGGCUACGUAGCACGCUCUGCUUUCAAGGUGAUAAUUUCCAUUCCUCCAUUCGCACCUGAUCUCCCUUGUUACUGUAUUUCUUUCGAUGGUCAUUCUCUGACUCUCUGCUUUGAUUCCAUUCGCUCGCUCUUCCUCCAGCUUCUCCAGAUACAGAAUAAGCACAAACUUAUAACUCCCGGGUCAUCCGUUCUUGAUCUGGGUUGCGCCCCCGGUGCUUGGCUUCAGGUGGCAUGCCAGAGCUUAGGUCCAUUACAAAGUGGCGGGGCUGUAGUGGGCAUUGAUCUCAAGAAGGUGAAGGUUCCUUCAGCUCACUGUGAUGCAAGGGUUCAGACUGUUUCAGCUGAUGUGGUGAAGCUCCCCAUGGACCAAAUUAGGGCUCUCUCUCCUAAGAAGAAAGGAUUUUCUGUGAUACUGUCAGACAUGUGCCCUUCAGUUUCUGGGAUUACAACCAGAGAUGCUGCUUUAUCCAUGGAGCUAGGGAUGCGAGCACUUGAACUGGCUGUGGGUAGAGCAGCAGCAUCAAUUCAGCAGGAGGGGUCUGUAGAUGGACCUUCUGCUGCUGCUGAUACCAAUGAAAGUGGUAUAUUAUUAUCUGGAGGAAACCUAGUCAUCAAGCUUCUGGAGAGUGAGGAUAUUCAGGGUGAACUUCACCAAGAUAUGCAAGCCACUCUUCAGAAAGGCAUCGUGGUUAAGGCCGAAAGCAACACGAUCUUCGUCAAGAGAGAUCUACCUCAUCUGCCAAGGCCUCCAAUCAUAAAAGAUCCCGAUUCUCGGUUUGCUGCCGGAACAGCUGCAGAGGCAAGGCUGGAAACAAUGGAUCCACAGACUAGAAGGAAGAGCGGACUCAAUCUCCCUGCCGGGAUGAACGAGACCUCCCUCCGCCUCGACAGCAUUGCCAAGCAAAAUCCAUCUGUUUCCUCCUCUACGGCAUUUCGAGUCGCCUCGGUGUCUUCCCCCCGAAUGAUCUCCAGCCUAUCGUCGCCAUCGAAGACUUCUGUCUGCAGCGAUCGGUUCAUACCUUGCCGAUCGGCUUCCCGUCUCAACACAUUUGGGCUUCUGGACAAGCCGCCGGCGGCUGGUUCUCCCGUUAAAGAAGGAGGAGGGAACGAGACUUAUGCUAGAUUAUUGAAAUGUGAGCUGUUUGGGUCUGAUUUUGGCUCUUUUUCUUCCUCCCCUGCAGGCAGUAGCGGUUUGGGAAGUCCGAAUAUGCUGAGGUUCAAGACCGAUCACUCUGGAGGGCCCGAUUCCCCGUAUUCUCCUUCGAUCUUGAGGCAGGAUAGUGGAAGUUCUAAUGAAGGUUCUACCCCUACGAAGCCUCCCCGCAAGGUCCCCAAGACUCCCCAUAAGGUUUUAGAUGCUCCAUCUCUACAGGAUGACUUCUAUUUGAACGUGGUGGAUUGGUCGUCCCAGAACGUGCUUGCAGUUGGGUUAGGGACUUGUGUGUAUUUAUGGUCCGCAUCAAACAGCAAAGUGACAAAGUUGUGUGAUUUAGGACCUAAUGAUAGUGUGUGCUCAGUGCAAUGGACCAAAGAAGGUUCCUACAUAUCAGUUGGCACCCAUUUCGGGCAAGUUCAGGUGUGGGAUGGAACACAGUGCAAGCGGGUAAGGACAAUGGGAGGGCAUCAAACGAGGACAGGUGUAUUGGCUUGGAAUUCGCGGAUUCUGGCAUCAGGAAGCAGGGAUAGGAACAUACUUCAGCACGAUCUUCGUGUUCCUGGCGACUUUGUUAGCAAGCUUGUUGGCCAUAAAUCUGAGGUGUGUGGAUUAAAAUGGUCUCACGAUGACAGACAACUUGCAUCCGGUGGAAAUGACAAUCAGCUGCUAGUGUGGAACCAGCAAUCUCAGCAACCGAUUCUGAAGCUGACAGAACACACGGCGGCAGUGAAGGCGAUUACAUGGUCGCCUCACCAGAGCGGGCUGCUUGCGUCUGGAGGUGGAACUGCUGAUAGAUGUAUUCGCUUCUGGAACACUACCACCGGCCAUCAGUUAAACCAUAUUGAUACCGGUAGCCAGGUAUGCAAUCUAGCUUGGAGCAAGAACGUGAACGAGCUGGUGAGCACCCAUGGGUAUUCCCAGAACCAAAUCAUGGUGUGGAAGUAUCCAUCAUUAUCGAAGGUUGCAACUCUAACUGGGCACAGUUUGCGGGUUCUGUACCUUGCUAUGUCGCCUGAUGGUCAGACAAUAGUAACUGGAGCAGGAGAUGAAACUCUGCGGUUCUGGAAUGUCUUCCCAUCCAUGAAGACACCGGCGCCAGUUAAAGAUACAGGGCUUUGGUCGCUUGGACGAACGCACAUUAGAUGAUGAGAUUAUCAAUCAAUCUUCUACUAUUCAAUUCGUUCCCACCUGUACAUGAAGGGGUUAUGCAUAUACAUACCAAAUUUAUAUUUUCCACUCAGACAGAUUUGACAAAUAAUAUUUUAUGGAAACAGUUGUAUUGCUUUUAUCGAUUUUUUGGUAAAUGUAAAGUCAGUUGUCUCCAUAUAAUAAACCAAGUACCAUGAGCAC